AUGCGCGCAAAGGAGCGCCGUGCGCAUGUCACACUGGCCGCAGUGAGUUUUUCCGCCUGCGCUUUACUUCUGGGGUCUCCUUCCUUUACGACGCCCCACGCCUCAGACCUGCAGAGACAACCCGGAGGGGUGCGUCGAAGCUUUUUUGGAAGACGGGCAGAUGGGUCCGUCCGGAGGGACGAGAAAGACGAGAAGGAUGCUUGGAAGAACUUGAUUGCUGCAUGUGGUGCCUCAUUGCUGCUGGUGGCCUGCUCUUUUCCGGGCCUUGCUAGUGCCAGGGAUGGGCGCUUAUCACCGCCGACAUGUGUGGCGAUCAUAGAUGCAGCGACCAACUGUCCAGCUCGCCCUGCGGUUGGCGCCAAGAAGAACGCUGAGGUCCAAUUGAAAGCAGCUGAGGAGCGCCUGGCAGCUGCUGAAAAGCAGGCUGGCCAGACCAUUGAGCCUGGACAGUCUCAAGGAGGUGAGCCGGAGAUGGUGGAUUUCUGGAAGAAUGAAUUGGCACGUUUGGAGUUGAAUCGCACUUACAUGGCCGAGUUGCAAGAGAAGAUGAAGAGCCCAGAGGCACGCUUGGUCUCCCAACUUGCGAUUGAAACCUCCGAGGUGUCGAAGGAAGAGAAGUUUUGGUGCGAGGCGCUGGGCAUGCAGCGGUACAAGUCGCUUCCAGAUGGGGCGGUGCUGGUUGGGUUUGGUCCACCCAGUCUUGGAGGUGAAGAGGGUGCAUACUUUGCGAUCAAAAUAUCGCCAAGUGAUGCCCCAACCUCAGUCCAGGCAUCUGGCACAAACAAAGCUCGACUGAGCUUUGUGCAAUUGACCACCCCUGCUUUGAUACGAAUCUCUCGAGUCGUAUCUAGUGGGGGUGCAGUAGUUGAUGGUUAUGGCUACUACGGUGUGCAGUCCCCGGCAGGAGUUCAAGUGAGAGCAUAUGUGGAGGACCGCAGAGAUCCAAUUGAACUGGUUGCCUUAGCCGUUGAACCUAACAAGUUUGAGGAGACACGUGACUUUCUGAAGAAGCUUGGGCUUGAAGAACGAGGGCCAUACAAGCUUGUGUCCCCAGAGAUGCAAGCCUACAUGCCUCCGUUGCCUGAGGGCAAUCUUCUUUUCGGCAGUGGUGAUCCCAAAUUGAACGUCCAGGUCCUGCUACUUCCUGAAAUCCAACAACAGAAAGAAAGUGGCAACCUUUUGCAGGGCCUUGGACGUGGACCUACCUUGCUCAUCAAUGAAGAUAGCUCCUGGGGCGUUGGGCUCUUAGACGAGACCGAGAGGUUGGGCGAGUUCAAGCGCUUUCAGACCCCAGUGAUGUGGAAUGUCGGUGUGAAUCCGCAAUUCGAGUAUCAGGGUGUCCUGACCUAUGCAGAUGAGGAGGAUGUGAUGGACUACGACAAGUUCUCUGCGGAUGAUUUGUGUGGCAGCUGCACCGUCAAGGUCUCUGACUUGUCGCUGGGCCUUACGUAUGAUGGUUGGUAUGGCAAGGUGGACCUGAUGAGGCCAAAGCGAAGCUUGGGAGUCAAGUACGAUUAUGAGAAGAUCAGUGCCCUUACAAAGAAGCCUAAGGAGAAAAGUUGGCCGGACCAGGAACUCACGAACUUCCGCAUCUUCGGCGGGUACCAGCGAGGAGGUGCAAAUGAGAAGAUCGUGCUUUUGAAGGCUGGACCUGGACAGCAGGAACAGAUUGCAGCUUCAAUCAUAGACGAGCUGUGGGCCCAAAGCCACGGCUUAGAGACGCUUGUGAAGAAAAGCCAGAAGGAGAAACAGUUUUUGCAGUCCUGCCGUCUUUCGACGCUGGACAAGCAGGUGACCAUCAAGGGCAUCAUCAAGUCGCUCAUCGAACGCUGGGAGACGGAAGACCAAACCGAAAACUUCCGCAAAGGUGUCUUCCAGACGAAGGUCGUGGAGGCGGUAGACCCCAGCAGGUUCCGCGUCGCGUACCGCGGCGCCAAGGCACUGGUGACCGUGCGGAAUGCCCUCAACCUGAGCGGCGGUGGAUGGUUCGACAAGCUGGAUCCAUAUGCCAUCUUGAGGUUUCGAGGCAGCAAAGCUGAGUUUAGAACGAGUGUUCUUCAAGAUGCUGGCGGCGAUCCCAUUUGGAAUUGCGAAGGCUAUCUGCCAUACAGCGGGGAAGUGGCCUUGGAAAUCUCAGUUUGGGACUAUGACCAUUACAGCUCGGACGACCUGAUCGGAACCGGCGUCGUGCAGGUGGAACAGUUCUGCAAUGGCUUUGAGGGAAUGGUUCCAUUGAGCAGCACGGCUGAAAAUGGAGCACGUUCAGAGUUUAGAAGAAUUAACAAUCAGCUCUUGAUUUAG